CUGGCGCCUGUACCCUAACUCCCCAACAACCAACACACAGAGUGCUUUUCGUUUUGUUCACAGUCACGGAACGGGAACGAGUCGUGUCAAGUCAAGUAGAUUCGAGUCGAGUUGGUAAGAAGUGCUGCUGGCUGUUCCAUCCAUCAAACGAGAAGAAAUGUAGAAGAAGUGAAGUUAGUUACUUAAAAAUUCUAUUUCGUCUACGUUGCCGGAAGGAUGCUGAUACCGUAAAGUGAGAAACGAAAACGAAUCAAAACAAGUGCAAAAGAAUUACCUAAAAGCAGCUUCAUCUCGUGGAAAACGAGACUCAGAAAUAACUGUUUCUGCCUCAGUGCCAAUCCGAGCUUCUCGGGCUUGCAGAGGAAAAACCGGCAAGUUUGCGUAUGUGUGGUUGUACGUUUCUUACUUUUGGUGUGCCAACUCUAAUUAAAUGCUAGAAGUCAACACGAUUGGCCUCACGAUGUCCCCAACGAAUCGCUAAUGACCAAGGUCAUAUUCUGGAGCGACCCCACAAAAACCACCUUCUUCCAACGCUAGUUUGGUGGACAAUCUUUGGAACUAUGAGCUGCUGGAUGCGAUCAGCCAUUUCGAACAGUAAGAGAUAAUUACCUCCCGGCCGUUUCAUCUUGCCUGGAGUAGAGCUAGUGCGGUAGUUGUUGCCCCUCGCCCAAAACGCCAAAACCACAAAAUGGGAAGCUGCCUAACGUGCUUCAAAUCACCGCCAAACCCUACGGUUCCGCAGGUCGGAACGGCUGGUACCGUUCCAGGACCGGAAACCGUAGUCGACUCGGAAGUUGCCAUCAACGAAAACGACGAACUUUUGUCGGCGAGUCCGAUCCGCAUGACCUCGCUCGGUUCGGAACGGAAGAGUGGAAGCUUCAAGAAGACGAUCGGACUAUUGAACGGCAACAUCAGCGCCUUGCCCGAUGGGGCCAGCAAUUUGACAGCAGCCGGCAAAGACCUAGCAACGCAAAUCUCCGAUAACGAUCUGAACAAGCUGUUUGAGGAGUACAAGGACGGCCAAGAGGACGCGAUACUGUCGGAGGGCAUCGAAAGGCUGUGCUGUGAUCUAGGAUAUAAGCCAGACGAUUUUGCCAUCCUGGUGCUGGCCUGGCGCCUCGAUGCCUCCCAGAUGUGCCAGUUCACUCGAAGCGAGUUCAUUCAGGGGCUGCAGCAGAUGAACGCCGCCAGCAUCGAGGACAUCAAGCUUCGGCUCCGACAGAACGUCGAGAAGCUGAAAGCUGCCGAUUCGGAAGACUUUAAACAGCUGUACAGAUUCACGUUCCGGUUUGGGCUGGAACCGGGCCACCGGAUUCUGUCGCUGGACAUGGCGAUCAGCCUGUGGCGGUUGGUUUUUACCGUGCACACACCAGACAUUCUGCCCCGAUGGUUGAACUUCCUGGAGCAGCACCAAAACAUCCGGGGGGUUCCGAAGGACACCUGGAACAUGUUUCUGAAUUUUGUGGAAACCUGUGAUAUCACACAGUACGACGAUACGGAGGCGUGGCCAAGUUUAUUCGACGAUUUCGUCGAGUACGAACAGGAACGGAUUAAACAGGUCGAAGCAAAGGCGGCCGCUGCUCUGGAAGCCGCCGGUUCGGACACAGGAGGACCGGUGCUGGCCGUUGGUGGCGAAGACGAUAACAACAACGGUUACAACUCAUAGUAUUCUGCUGUAGUGCUCCGUUUUAAGCGAACACUUGGUUUACUAAUUUAUUAUCCUUCUUACGUGAGAGAAACCUACCACGGGACACUCCAGUAACCUUAUCUCUGUGGUUAUACGUUGUAACCUAGAAACGUGCGAAUUCUCUAAGAAGUACUGCGAACCCCGAUAUUCUUAAAUGUGCAUCCUGUAAUGUAAACUGUUAGUACUGCGUUCUGCAUGAUAACGAAUUUUUAAUCAUAAGAAUUUAAAUUUCGUUUUACACGCGCUCAUUUAUUAUACUAUUUCUCUUAAUAUACACACAACCACACACCCACACAUACAAAGUGAAAAACACUGAACAAUUAUCGGUGAGGAGAAAAUCUUUAUCGUUUCAUCCAAUGACAUAGUUGCGAAACUCCGGAACCCGUUCUUUGACCCCGACCUCACGAUCGCGACCCAAGUUUAGGCAAAACACAAAAGUAAAGAAAUUUUUCAUAUCAGAUGAACUGAUAGUAGUCAAAUAAAACAUGGAUUCAAAAGCGAAAUAUAACAAAACAAAAAACCAAACCUUUAUGUACAAGCUUUUUCGUUUUGGCUAGCGCAUAGUAUUUCCCAGUUUCUGCAAUGUUCGCGUCGUGGCAGCUGGUGAUCCGAAUAGUUUUAAUCCAUUAUCACCAGUGAGUGUGGAUCUUAACGCAUAAGGCAGCAACUCUGGUUACAAAUUGGCGUCUGACCAGUAGCAGAGCAGCAGCAGCAGACUUAAACUGUAAUAAACUAGGAUACCAGAUAGCAAAAACAAUUCAUUUUCAAAGCAGUUUUAGCUCAAUAUUGAACAAUGACUAUUGAAAAAAAUAAUAAAACUGUUGGCAAAAAAGCAGCGCCCUCUAGCCAGUGUUUCAAGUGACAUGUGUUAUAUAUAUAUUUCGAACGUGUGUGCGUAAGUAUUUAGAUGUUUUAGCUAAAGAGCUGUGCUUUCGGAACAUUUAUUGGAAUGGUGGAAAAAAAUUAUCAGUUGUAGUAGAGAAUGACGGAAUCGUUCGGAAAACAAAAAACAAAAAUCUAUAUAGGCUAAAUUUGAAUUAUUGAAACAAAAAAACACAACUAGUAAAGCUCUAUUUAAGAUAAACCUAGAAAAAUCUUAAAAAAAUAAAAAGUAUAAAAUUUUAAAAAUA